AUGGCCCCCGGCCUCGUUGACCCCGCAGUUCAAAAGAACACCGUUCAGUCUCUCUCCGAGGUGACGGCCGACUACGAUGAUACCCUCCGCUUCUAUCUAAACGGCACUCGAGUUGUGCUUGAUUCGGCGGAUCCCGAGGUUACUCUCUUAGAGUACUUGAGAGGAAUAGGUCUCACUGGCACGAAACUUGGUUGCGCAGAAGGCGGCUGUGGUGCUUGCACAGUGGUCGUAUCGCAGUACAAUCCAACAACUAAGCAGAUAUACCAUGCAUCGGUCAACGCCUGCCUGGCGCCGCUUGUUAGCGUUGAUGGAAAGCACGUUAUUACAGUGGAGGGAAUUGGAAAUGUAAAGAAGCCUCAUCCGGCUCAGGAGAGAAUUGCUAUGGGCAACGGUAGUCAAUGCGGCUUCUGCACCCCCGGAAUCGUCAUGAGUCUCUAUGCUCUGCUACGGAACGACUCAAAUCCAUCCGAACAUACGGUAGAGGAGGCUUUUGAUGGGAAUCUCUGCCGAUGCACGGGUUACAGGCCUAUUCUCGAUGCUGCGCAAAGUUUCAGCUCCAAGGCGACAUGCGGAAAGGCUGGAGGUGGCUGCUGCAUGGAAAAGAAGAGCGAGCCCGUGGCCAACGGCUGCUGUAAAGGUAAUACAGCGAUGCCCAACGGCUGUUGCAAGAAUACUGGGGUGAGCGAUGAUCAGCCAAUUAAGCGGUUCACUCCUCCCGGUUUUAUCGAGUACAAGCCCGACACUCAGCUCAUCUUCCCGCCUCCCCUGAGGAAACAUCAAUUCAAGCCUCUAGCAUUUGGCAAUAAACGGAAGCGGUGGUAUCGUCCAGUAACUUUGGAGCAAUUGCUUGAGAUCAAGCAUGCCUACCCCUCGGCGAAAAUCAUCGGUGGUAGCAGCGAAACUCAGAUUGAGAUCAAGUUCAAAGCUGUGCAGUAUUCGGCUUCCGUCUUUGUAGGUGAUAUUGCUGAGCUCCGGCAGUACUCUUUCAAGGACGACCACCUCGAAAUUGGCGGCAACGUUAUCUUGACCGACCUAGAAAAUAUUGCCAAAGAGGCCAUCAAGCACUAUGGUCCGGUUAGAGGGCAGCCGUUUGAUGCUAUUCUCAAGCAGCUUCGAUAUUUCGCCGGCCGCCAGAUCAGAAACGUUGGUACGCCUGCUGGUAACCUGGCAACUGCUUCUCCCAUCUCGGAUUUAAACCCCGUCUUCAUGGCAUCGAAUGCAGUUUUGGUCACAAAGUCUCUCAAGGGAGAGACGGAAAUUCCCAUGUCACAAUUCUUCAAGGGCUACCGUACCACGGCACUGGCUCCUGACGCUGUUAUUUCAAGCAUCCGUAUCCCCUGUGCGAGUGAAAAAGGCGAAUUCUUCCAGGCGUUCAAGCAAUCGAAGCGGAAGGAUGACGACAUUGCUAUCGUCAACUCUGCCCUUCGAGUAGCUCUGGACGAUGAUCAUAAUGUCAAGAACAUCAACCUCGUCUUUGGCGGUAUGGCGCCAACAACAGUUGAGGCCCAGAAUGCCGUUUCAUAUCUUAUUGGCAAGAAAUGGACUGAUCCAGCUUCGCUGGAAGGUGCAAUGAAUGCUCUGGAGAAGGAUUUUGACCUUCGCUUUGGUGUUCCUGGUGGAAUGGCGACUUACCGCAAAUCUCUGGCCUUUAGUUUCUUCUAUAAAUUUUAUCACGAGGUUCUAUCGAAGUUGGACAUCAAGACCACCGACUUGGAUAGCGAAGCAAUUGGAGAGAUUGAACGCCAAAUCUCAUUUGGAAAGAAGGACCACGACUCUGCAGCCGCAUACGAGCAGCGGGUGCUUGGAAAGGCCAAGAAUCACGUUGCUGCUAUGAAGCAGUGUACUGGUGAGGCUCAGUACACGGAUGAUAUUCCCGUACAGAAGAACGAGCUCUAUGGCUGUAUGGUUCUUUCAACCAAGGCGCACGCAAAGAUUUUAUCGGUCGACUACUCGCCCGCCAUGGAUUUGCCCGGUGUGGUGGACUGGAUUGACCACACGGAUUUACCCAGCCCUGAAGCCAACUGGUGGGGUGCCCCCAAGUGUGACGAAGUCUUCUUUGCUGUCAACGAAGUUUUUACCGCUGGUCAGCCAAUUGGUAUGAUUCUUGCAGACUCGGCCAAGCAUGCAGAGGCAGGCGCCCGCGCGGUCAAAGUGGACUACGAGGAGCUGCCCGCCAUUUUCACGAUCGAAGAAGCGAUUGAAAAGGAGAGCUUCUAUGAGCAUUAUCGGUAUAUCAAGACUGGUGACGUGGACGAGGCGUUUGCAAAAUGUGACCAUGUCUUUACCGGCGUGGCUCGCAUAGGAGGCCAGGAACAUUUUUACCUAGAGACCCAGGCUUGCGUCGUCGUUCCAAAGCCCGAGGACGGUGAGAUUGAGGUCUUUAGUUGCACGCAAAACCCUACCGAGACUCAAACGUACGUUGCUCAAGUCUGUGAUGUGGCAGCUAACAAAGUUGUCACUCGGGUCAAGCGCCUCGGUGGUGGCUUUGGGGGUAAGGAAACAAGGUCGGUCCAACUGGCUGCCAUAUGCGCAACAGGUGCGCGCAAGACCAGGCGGCCGGUUCGAUGCAUGCUCAAUCGUGACGAGGACAUAAUUACUUCUGGUCAACGUCAUCCGUUCCUUGCACACUGGAAGGUUGGUGUCAACAAAGAUGGGAAAAUCCAAGCCGUUGACGCAGACAUCUUUGCCAAUUGCGGAUGGACGCAAGACCUGAGUGGUGCUGUUGUCGAGCGCAGCUUGUCGCACAGUGACGGCGUAUACAAGAUUCCUAAUAUGUUCGUCCGGGGCCGCCUUUGCAAGACGAACACGGUCUCAAACACUGCUUUCCGAGGAUUUGGUGGCCCUCAAGGCUUGUUCGUUGCUGAGUGCUACAUGGAGGAAGUUGCCGACCACCUGGGCAUGCCCGCCGAGGAGUUCCGGUCCAUCAACAUGUACAAGCCGGGCGAUCAGACUCACUACCAUCAGGAGCUCAAAGACUGGCACGUUCCCUUAAUGUACAAGCAGGUUCAAGAAGAAAGUGACUACGCGCGCCGCCGCCAGGAGAUUGAAGAGUUCAACAAGACUCAUAAGUGGAAUAAGCGUGGUCUUGCCCUCAUUCCGACCAAAUUUGGAAUCAGUUUUACCGCCCUCUUCCUCAACCAGGCUGGAGCGCUCGUCCACGUCUACCAUGACGGAUCCGUGCUGGUCGCCCACGGCGGCACUGAGAUGGGUCAAGGUCUCCACACAAAGAUGACCAUGAUUGCAGCAGAAGCGCUUGGCGUGCCCCUGGAGGAUGUCCAUAUUUCAGAAACGGCCACCAACACUGUCGCCAACACCUCCGCCACCGCUGCCUCUGCAUCCAGCGAUCUCAACGGUUACGCUGUCUUCAAUGCCUGCGACCAGAUCAACAAGCGACUCGAGCCAUACCGUGCGAAAUUCGGUAAAGAUGCGCCGAUGAGCAAGCUCGCUCACGCCGCAUACUUUGACCGCGUCAAUCUGUCCGCCAACGGAUACUACCGCACUCCUGACAUUGGAUACGUCUGGGGCGAAAACAAGGGACAAAUGUUCUUUUACUUUACGCAAGGUGUCACAGCGGCAGAAGUCGAAAUUGAUACUCUGACUGGCGACUGGACAUGUCGUCGCGCUGAUAUCAAGAUGGAUAUUGGUCGCUCGAUCAACCCAGCUGUCGAUUACGGCCAGAUUGAAGGCGCCUUCGUUCAGGGCCAAGGUCUCUUCACCACCGAAGAGUCCCUCUGGCACCGCGCCAGCGGACAAAUCGCUACCCGGGGCCCAGGUAACUACAAGAUUCCCGGCUUCCGAGACAUUCCCCAAGAAUUCAACGUCAGUUUGCUCAAGGACGUGGAAUGGGAGAACCUGCGCACCAUUCAGCGCUCAAGAGGUGUCGGCGAACCUCCCCUGUUCAUGGGCAGCGCCGUCUUUUUUGCCAUUCGCGAUGCCCUGAAAGCCGCCCGCAAAGAGUGGGGCGUCACGGAUAUCCUCAAGCUCCAGAGCCCUGCCACUCCUGAGCGGAUCCGCAUCAGUUGCGCCGAUCCCAUUCUCAAGAGAGCUUACGUUGAGCCUCGUGAAGGCGAGCGUAGCUUUUUUGUCGCCAUUUAA